GGAGGAUUUGCACGACCAAAAGUCGACGAUGGCGACGACUUCCCGCAGCCGGCUGAACUCGGUCCAUGCUCUGGUGGACGAGAUCCGACUAGGCGAAGAGGCAAGCGAUCAUGCAACGUCGCUGUGGGAGAAAUUGGAGAGCCACGGGCUGAAUGACACGGACGCGUGGCUGUGUGGAGCGCUCAUGCAACGCCUGGCCCUUGCAGCAUGUGCACCCACGUGCAAUUCAUCAGGCCACACCGAGAUCAUCGGAAAAAUCAGCCAGGCGAAGCAGUCAGUUGAAGCCGAGCGAGUGCACAUUAUUAGUGCUCAGUGCAGCGCGCUUCGUUUGCUGCAUGCCGUCAAGCCGAUGAUGGUCCGUCCCCACGUCAGCAUUGCACCGUACAUGUCGGUGGUUCGCCAAAGCACGAACGUCAUGGAUGAACGCAAUCAGCGCGAGGAAAUUCUCAAGAUUUGUCGCGACGUCUUGAUCUCGAGCAAUCUUCGUGCAGAUGUCGAAACCAUAUGCAUCGAGUUCUUACAUGACGAAUCCACUGGCAUUCGGUCGAUUGCCAUCGAUGGCCUCCUCUCGCUGGCGUCGUCGUCCCGCGUACUUCCGCGGUCCCUUAUUGCGUCCGCGACUAGUCUCCUUGGGGACGCGACAUCGUUCAGGUCUGCCUCGAGUCGGGUCGCUGCGCUCCGGUUGCUUCGUGUGGUCGCGCUUCAACACAGAGACGCAUCAGUGCUUCCAUCCUUCUACGCGCAUGCCAUGGAUCGAUCGCCGCUCGUGCGGCGCGAGGUGGCGCUGUCUCUGCGUUAUUUCCAUACCGUCGCGUCAGCCUCUCAACUUGGCCAGUGGCUGUUGAAGACGCCGCUGGAGGAUGGACAGCCACACGUUUCCACCGAGCUGCUGGCCACGGGGGUGUUGCUCUCGUUGCUCGAAGAUCAGCACGCCGAGGUUCUCACUGAGGCAUCCCGCACCAUCGUGGCGAUCGCACGACUUCGGCGCGAUCAUCUUCACGUAGCGGCACUUGAAAAAGCCAUCACUGCCCAUGCGGACCUCGUCCACACCCGCGCAUUGUCGGAGAAACUCACGAUUACGCUGUCGCUGGCGUCGUUGCUCCAGUGCCAUGUCCCGCGCCCGUUUGCCUUUACUGCCGAGCAGAUGGACUACAUGUUUUCAAAUCCGCCGUCGGAUGGCCCGCAUGCCGCCGCCCUUCUGUCGGUCCUUGCCGCCUCCGCAGUCGAGAACCUGCUCCAUGCCAAUCGAACUGUUGACUUUUUGGCAGCUGCCUCCGCAUUGUACUGGCCGCCCGCAACUGCUGCCACAACCACAUUGCCGGCCCCCACGCCACUUGCCCCGGCGCUGCAAGCGAAAAUGUUUCAGCUGACACGUCAAAUCGGCCGUGGUGCGGCGCAGCUCCUUGGCCUCGAUGCUGCGCUCCGCGAUCGAUUGCGAACGCUGCAGCAUCUCACGCUUAUUCGUGAAUUUACCGCCCCCGACUCCCCGUCGCCGUCCGCUUUAUUUGUGUCGGCGACAGCCAAAGACAUCCAGAAGCAGCCAGCGCAGACGGGCAACGUGAUUCAAGCAGUAGUCUUGCCACCAAAACCCGUGGCAACCUGUGUACCAGGGUGGCAACAUGAAGUUCCAGUGCACGCACUUGUCUACGGCGCCGACGACCCCACCAGUCUCGCGAUCAAGAUCGUGGUUCGUGGCCAAGAGCCGCUUCGUGUGUAUAGCCACGACGUGCUACCAAGGAAUAUCUCGUGGCUUGAUCGCCGAGCGUGGCAAGUUCGAUGCGUCAUUUCGGUGGCACUGAUGGCCGCAGACACGACCGUCGAAGCGAUUGUUUGCACCAAAACAGCGCAGGUUCAGUUCCUUACUUCGGCGCACUUCCACGGCGACUCGUAUGGCACGUUCUGUUUAGGAUCAAGUCACCGAGAUGGGGCCACCAGUGGUAGUUGGUGUGAAUCAACCACUGAAGCUUGCGCUCAACAUGUCCCCCAUCCACCAUCAACGAGCGAUGCUGGCUUAACCAAAAAUUCGAUGCAUGGACGAUGGAUAUUUUGGGGCCUAUUCUUGCCCGUGUGAAAAGCGGGUUGAAUGCCUAGAGACAAGGUAUUGCAUCGGCGGGAAGUUCAUUCGAUAGAAGGCAUCGUUUUUC